CAACAGGAUGGGAAUCGGAGGCGGAGUUUCCCAUGGAGCCUAGAGACACGGAGCCAUCGACUCGCCGGACUCUGCAAGCUUGAUGGAGGCCAGCGGAGUUCCCCAGGACACAGGCCACAGCGGCCCCCUCAGCCGUUCAUCCUGCUCUUCCUCCCUUCCCCCCGCCAGGCCGGGCCGGCCCCCGCCCCCGCCCCUCCUCUUGAGACCCUCCCAGCUCCCAGCGCCCCUCUUUCCUCCUCUUCCUUCUCCUCUCUCUCCCAUCGUCCUCUCCUCCUCUCCUCCCCUCGACUCGACCUCUGACCCUGCCCUAGCCCCUCCCUCCGGUCCGUUUCUGCUCAGCUCUUUGGACCGGGUGCUGGGGAGCGUCUCGGUGUGGCAACCCAGAGGUCUGAGUCCCGACACUGCCUCCAGAUUCCUGGCGAACCAGCCAGCAGGGACGUUCCUGGCUCACACUGCAGCAGAUCGGGUCACCAUGAUCUCGGUCCGGCUGCCUGAUGAAGGCGGUGCUCCGGCGGUACGCGGCGUGGCGGUCCAACAGCUUCACGCCUUUGUUCACCUGGAGGGAUCCUCGCUGCUCUUUGAUGACGUCUUCAAGCUGAUCUCCUUCUACUGCACCAGCAGAGACAUUCUUGCGAUGCCAUUGAAGUUACCUCUGUCUGUUGCCGUGGCAACCAGGGAAGAGGACCUGGAGGUCCUUUCUGCUUUGGGUGCAGAUUUCUGGAUGUCUGACCUGAACCAGAGGCCUCAGAACCCGGACCGGACUGAUCAGCCCAACACCUACCUGUAUGUCAACCCAGUGCCUGUGGAGGGGCCCAGUUCAGAAAGAAAAUCCUCCAUCUCCAAACCAGAGUCCUUCCUCAGUGAAGCAGUUACCCCCUCUCUGCAGAAUGGAGAAAUGUCAAAGAAAUUACCUCCACGGGUCAAAGUUCCCAAACGGCCGCCCCCCCGGCCCCCUAGCCUGACUUCAGGCCUUCUCUCCUCUCCUCUCUCACCUCCAGCUACGUCUUCUGGUACUCCAGAAUCUGACAGAAAAGAGGAAGGAAGAGCAGUGAGUGAGAAAGAAGGGAGGAAGUCAACAUCGCCUCCACCGCCGAGACCUACCGCGCCCCAGCUGCCCCAGGGGCCAGUGCCUCCUGCCCCCCAGCUGCCCCAGGGGCCAGUGCCUCCUGCCCCCCUCCAGUGUACCUCAGGAUGCCAGCUGCCAGCCAAGGAAGACGGACAAAAUCUUGCAAAGAACACUGAGGGAGAAAAGAGGAAGGAGAAAUGGGGAAGUAGGGCAGGUCUGCUGGGCGAGGAGGUUGAACAGGAGGAGGCGGUGAAAAGGAAAGCGCAGGAGGAACAAGAGCUGAAGCUGGGGAAGGAGGACAUGCUAAAGACCAACUCCACAUCUUCUCUGGCAAUAAAGAAGCCGUCUCGCCCGGUCCCGCCUCCAAGGACUAAGCCGUCCUUCGCCAACUCAGCUGGGGGCUCCAACCAGGCAGCUGGAGGACCAACCGAUCAGAGCGCAGGGAUGAAAGUUCCCCCUCCCUCACCGCCUCGGCGCCCAGAUGUGUCCCUGUAUUCACCACAGGGGGGUGCUGCUCUGGCAGCUGACCUCGAUUCCUGCUCAACCAGCAGCACAGAGGAAGAGGGAGAGCUUAACCAGGAGCAGGACGCAAACCCCAGGGUUCCUGCAGACAGAAGCUGCACCAAAGGAGCCGUCAGGAGAACCCCGACCAUCAUGUUGGACCGAGCCCGCCUCCGCCUCUCUACCGUCCUUACUGGACUCAUCUACCAUGACGGCCGCCUCACCAAGCGCAUCAUUGAGUUGGCCAGAGACCCUGUUAGCUACUUUGGUAACCUGGUCAAGGACCACAGAGCUUUCACCCUGGAGACAAUGUCCAAGCAUACGACGUCCACAGAGCUUCUGCAGGAGAUCAGACAGAUGAUGACCCAGCUGAAGAGUUACCUCCUGCAGAGCACAGAGCUGCAGGCUCUGCUGGAGCCUCAGCAUCAGUACACGCAAGACAAGCUGGAGAGCCUGGUGGAAGCGGCUCUGUGUAAGAGCGUCCUGAAGCCGCUGAAGGAGCCAAUCUACCGGAGCCUGGAGAGGCUGCACACCGAGAGCCGGAGGCAGCUGGAGAAGAACCAGGCCGUGGUCCUGGCCAGCACCACCACGGCGUUGGGGAUCUGCACCUCCAUCCCGGAGGUGGCAGCAAUGGAGCGGAUCAGCCUGAAGCUGAACAAGCUGCACCAGGAGUAUUCCCCCCAGAGGAAGAUCCAGCUGCUGCUGAAGGCCUGCAGGCUCAUCUACCACUCCAUGUCCGUCAGCUGCCCAGGCCGGGCCCACGGCGCCGACGACUUCCUGCCUGUGAUGAUGUAUGUCCUGGCCCGGUCCAACAUGGCCGCCCUGCAGCUGGACGUGGAAUACAUGAUGGAGCUGAUGGACCCGGCGCUCACCCAGGGCGAAGGUUCCUACUACCUGACCACCACCUACGGCGCGCUGGAGCACAUCAAGACGUUUGACCAGCAGAGGUCAGCGACACGACAGCUGAGCAGAGAGGUCCAGGACUCUAUCCACCGCUGGGAAAGACGGCGGACCCUCAACCAGGAGCGGGACGGCCACAACUCUGUUCGGGACUUCCUGACUGUGUUUAGUCCUGAGAUCGGCGUCAACCCAAAAACUCUGGGCGUCCUCCCCACAACCAGCAUCCAGGAACUGACCGAUCAGUGCGCCGCACGCUAUGAGCAAGCCGGCUUCACGCUGAGUGUCUUUGUGGAUGGAGUCCUGCAGCCCGUCGCUCCUACAGACCAGGCCCUGAACGUCAAGAACCGCUGCCAGCCCGGAGCCUACUGCUUCCUCUACCACCCCCCCGACCGACCCGGCACCCUCCAGGUCCGACCCGACCGGCCCGACCCCCCCCAGGUCCGGACCUGUCCCUCUGCCCCGCCUCCUCCUCUGCCUGGUGAGGACUUCCAAAUCGUCAGUCCUGGGAAACCGGAGGAGGAGGAAGCCCUGAUUGACCUUUAACCCCUAAGGUAUCCAAGGCAGAGUGUUGCCAUGGUAACUGCAUGACAGAGCAGGAAUGUAUUUUGACCUCAGAACUAAAGCUGAGGAGAACCUGGAGAACCGAAUCUGGACCAGACGGGUCAGAACUGAUGAUGAUGAUGAUGAUGAUGAUGGUUGGGGACCAAGGAAAUGUGAUUAAUACAUUUUAUCAUCUGGUGAAAUCCUUACCAUGGAUUAGGAUUGAUGAUGAUGAUGAUCGCCAUCAUCAUCAUCACCAUCAUCAUCACCCAGGGUUUCCCCCAGUAUAUUACAGGCCUGGCAGCCCGCCAUGCUUUACUAGCCCCAC